AUGACCAUCCGACUUGGCAACCAGUUGGAUAAGAGCGGGCUUGAAUUUGCAUCUGCUGUGAACAUCGUCCUCACUGGGCGGCUCAGCAGCGCAGUCCCUGCCUUAGCUGCCUGCAGCGGAAAGCUGGAACAGCACACGGAACGGCGCGGUGUCAUCUACAGCCCAGCCUGGCCCCUCAACUACCCGCCGGGCACCAACUGCAGCUGGUACAUCCAGGGUGACCGUGGGGAUAUGAUCACCAUCAGCUUCCGCAACUUUGACGUGGAGGAGUCCCACCAGUGCUCCCUGGACUGGCUCAUGCUGGGCCCAGCAGCCCCGCCCCGCCAGGAGGCCUUCCGGCUCUGUGGCUCUGCCAUCCCGCCUGCCUUCAUCUCUGCCCGGGACCACGUCUGGAUCUUCUUCCACUCUGACGCCUCCAGCUCCGGCCAAGCCCAGGGCUUCCGUCUCUCGUACAUCCGAGGGAAGCUGGGCCAGGCGUCCUGCCAGGCAGACGAGUUCCGCUGUGAUAACGGCAAGUGCCUGCCCGGGCCGUGGCAAUGCAACACUGUGGACGAGUGUGGCGACGGCUCUGACGAGGGCAACUGCUCGGCGCCUGCCUCUGAGCCACCCGGCAGCCUGUGCCCGGGGGGCACCUUCCCCUGCAGCGGGGCGCGCUCCACGCGCUGCCUGCCCGCCGAGAGGCGCUGCGAUGGCACCCAGGACUGCGGGGACGGCUCCGACGAGGCCGGCUGCCCCGACCUGGCGUGUGGCCGGCGGCUGGGCAGCUUCUACGGCUCCUUCGCCUCCCCGGACCUGUUUGGCGCAGCCCGUGGGCCCUCGGACCUUCACUGCACGUGGCUGGUGGACACGCAGGACCCGCGGCGCGUGCUGCUGCAGCGGCCCUCCCGCCGCCGCCUCGGCCGCCUCUGGAACCGGCUCUUUCACCGGCCGCGGGCACCGCGGGGACAGAUCCCACUGCUGACCGCUGCGCGCACCUCACAGACGGUGCUGGGGGACGGGCUCCUCCAGCCUGCACCGGGGACCACCCCAGAUCCCCCAGCACCCCUCACGGACACAGGCAGCCCUGUAGGGGCUGGGGAUGGGCCCCCCAGUGUCCCAGGCCAUGCAUCAGAGGCGGGAUCUGCUGUGCCUCCCCCCUCCGGCCUGCGGGACCCAGAGUGCAGGCUGGGGGACAAGGACAGAAAGGCCUGCAGGGACUCUUUGGUGGACAGUCUGGCCCCUGCCGAAGCGCCUCGGGAGCCCUGCUCAGCCCAGGACCCUCACCCCCUGGCUCCCACUGCCAGUAGCACCCUGGGCCCCCACCCACCAGAGCCAUUGGGUGUCUGCAGGAGUCCCCCACCACCCUGCUCCCCAACGUUGGAGGCCAGUGACGAUGAGGCCCUGCUGGUCUGCUGA